GAAAAUUCUACUGUGGGGUACGAAAACAAGAUGGAUCAAUGUACGCAAAGUCUUCGAUGAUAUCCAUGAGGUUUGGUCUUCAGAAGUCGUUCAUGAAAUCAAAUGAUAUUGACAUUGUUAACAAUGAAGAAUUCAGUCGUGGUAAUGUGGUGUUUUCGGCUUGUCUCGUGAAAAUUAAGAGAGAGGGGACUGGAGAAGUAAAGCAUAAAGAAAUCAUCAGUGACGGAGACAUGAAAAAACUGUAUGACUGUGGCGUUUUCAAUGUUGAUAACCCCAAGACUUUACAAUGGAAGGUUUUUUUUGAAAUUAUGUUACAUUUUUGUAACAGAGGACGAGAGAACUUAAGAAACAUGGAAAAAGAUGAUUAUGUCAUUAAUGUAGAUGCGGAUGGGAGGCGCUUUGUUGUGAAUAACAUAUCACGACUAACAAAGAACCACAGGGGAGACUCUGGGGAUGAUGACACUAAUGCUGCCCGCAUGUACGAACAACCAGGAAACCCCAAUUGUCCGGUGGCUAGUUUUGAAAAAUAUAUUCAAAAACUGAAUCCAGAAUGCAAGUCGCUGUGGCAAAGACCAAAAUCACUGCCAGCAUCAUUUGACCCUGACAUCCUUGACCUGUGGUAUGACAAUAUGGUGGUGGGGAAAAAUACACUUGGAAAAUUUAUGCAGUUAAUCAGCAAAGAGGCCAAACUUGCCACAGCAUACACUAAUCAUUCUAUAAGAGCAACAUGUAUUACAAUCUUGGACGAAUCGGGGUACGAAUCGAGACAUAUUAUGGGGAUAUCAAAGCACAAAUCUGAGACAUGUCUGAAACACUAUUCUUCUAAAUUGAGUGAAAAACGUAAGAGAGAUAUGUCAGAUGCUUUGAGCAGGAAAAUACAUGUGUCAAAAUUUCAUGGUUCAGAAGUAUUUCCAUCAAGGCCCUCAUCAUCAAGUGUUCAGUCAAUCACAUAUUCUCAUGGAUCAUCAUCUAUGUCUCUUCAACCAACCUCAAAUGCAGUCCCCGGGACUUUCAACGAAAUAGUGCAACCAGUUUCCGAGUCCAUUGACUGGCUUGGUGAUGUUGAUGAUGACGCACUUGCAGCAGUGUUAAAUGACCCUAUGAUCUUUGCAAAUAUUCAGGAAAUUCCAAAGUCUUCAGUGUCUACUGUAACGCCUUAUAACUUUCAUGGCUGUACUGUUACAAUUAACAAUUAUUCAUCCAAUACAGGGGGUCAGUCAUAG